AUGCUGUCCUCCCAUCGUGAGCAGGAGAAUCGGCUUCUCAGCCACCAGAUUCCCUCCAAGCAGCAGCCAAAGACACCCGGCAUGCGAUAUCCGAAAACACCAAUCGAUUUGGGCCGAGGCAACGAGAAUGCCUUGGCCGGAUUCGCUGGCAAGAAUGCGAUUCAGGGAGUGACCAACCUUGGAGAGAAUCAAAAAUUCAUCUCCAAGAAAUCCAUGACGACCCCAACGGAAUCUCGGAUGCGAGCUCCUCUGGGCAACAAGACGACGAACGCAAAAGCCAAGAACAGCCAAGGGCUUGGAAUUGGAGGCAAGAGCGCCGUGAAUGGGGUUGAAAGGACACAACUCAAGAGUAUCGCGAGCGCGCAGCGGAAGCAGAAACAAAGGCAAAGACAAGCUGAAUUAGCGCCCAAGAAUCUUUUUUCCCAGCUCAGAGACAGCCAAGAUCCAGAUCAAGACGAGCCGGAAUACGCACCGCCAAACCCUCAACCUUUACCCUACCAAUCCGAUGUCUUCCCGCGCAGUGGCCUCACCUUCAAGGGGCUGAGCAAAGACAAUCUGCUCAAAGGCUACUAUGAACAUUUUUAUAACCCUGUGGAUGCUCGUGGCGUAUCACGCAUGGACAAACAACUGGAAGACGAAAUUGAAACCGCGAUAGAAAAGGCUAUAGAACGGAACGACCACGAGACGGAUGAGUUUACCUGGAAUAGUGCUGAUAUCGCAGACGGAAUGGAGAUUGCAGAGCGAAUGUCUAGGCAAAAAAGGAAGUCCGCCUCUUCUUCACGUCAGCCUACAAUGGUAACCAGAUCGUCCAGAUCUAGAUUAUCUGGAACGAAGGCUCUAGUGGCGGAUGAUUAUGAAGAACAUGCUGUCACUCGAUCAUCAAGGCGGCGAACUGCUGAUCCAUCCAUGGAAGCAUUAUACUCCAGUGAUCUCACGUCACCAUUCGCGCUUCGGAGCCGAGGAGAAAGCGCCUCUAAGCGGUUGACCCGCGCGCAGAGUGUGGCCCGAGAUGAAUUCGACAACAAUGAUUUUAGCCCGGUUGGCAGGGUGAGCCCCGUUCAUCGGAACGCAUCCAACGAGAGGGUAUCAAGGACUAUAACUCGCUCACACUUUCCUACUGACUCUGACGGCGAAUAUGCUGGCAGCAGUCUCCCAGCGGCGGGUUUAUCCUACCAGGACUCAGAGGAUGAAGAGGAAUUUGAGCUAAGACUCGACCUCUAG